UAAAACGAAAAGUGUGCAUUAAAAUAAAAAAUUCUAAGCAAAAUGGAAGUAAGCAAUAGAGGCUCUCUGUCGGAGUUACCACCAGUGGAUUCAAAUAUGCUUACACCAUCCAAGAAAGCCAGCUCUUUGAGCACUAUUUCCGGUCUCAGUGAAGUGCCGAGUGAUAUCAUCAUAAAAUCGCGCAUUAAAUAUGGUUCACGUUGGUCGGCCUGUAAAGGCUUGAUUAUGGAAUACUCAAAAAAUACGACAAUUCAUGGUUUGCGCUAUUUGGUGGAAUUACAUCGACCAUUUUAUGAAAAAUUGUAUUGGUUCGUCGUGCUCAUCAUAUCGGUAUAUUUUGCCAUUUCGCUCAUUUGGGCCACAUACCUUAAGUGGCAAGAUACGCCAGUAAUUUUGGGUUUCGAUGAAACGUUAGUGCCAGUGCAUAAGAUACCAUUCCCCACCAUAACUAUAUGUCCUGAAAUUAAAAUGGAACGAAAUGUCUUCGAUUUUCCCAACAUCUCGAGUCGCAUACUGGAAGAGAUACAAAAAUAUGGCAGAUUUAAAAAUAAUGAAAAUUUAAAUGAUGAAGAAUUGGCACGUUUUAUGUCCACUUUACACAUUUGCGAAUCCGAAGUUGUGCAACGUUUUGCACCAUUCCUACCCAAAGACAUACGACCGGAUAUAGCACAAACUCUGGUUGAUAUAUCGAUAUCGAAGAACGAGACUGGUCCCUUUUGCAAGUGGAAUGGUCGUUUCUACUUUUGUGACAAAAUUUUUAAUUUCGUACCCACCGAUGAGGGUAUUUGCUAUCAAUUCAAUGGUCUACAGGCUAAGGAUAUAUAUCGGGAUUUGAGCUUUAUAAACUACUACGACGAGGAUGUGGUCGAUUUCAAUAAUUUCUUUGAGCAACUGCCACGCUUUAAUAACUUAACCGGUAAUUGGUCGCUGGAUGAUGGUUAUGUCGGUCAAGGUUAUAACUCGUAUCCACAGCGCACGGCAUUCUCCUCGGCACGCAAUGGAUUUUUCGCCUUUCUACAGGGCUACGAGCAUAACUUUGAGUAUGCCUGUCGCAGUUUUAAGCAAGGAUAUAAGGUUUUCCUCACAUCCCCAGAGAGUGUGCCGGUAACGACGAGUAAUUACAUUCUGGUGCCGCACGGCGAUGAGGUGAUGGUCAGCGUUCUGCCGCAUUACGUAAUAUCCACAGACAAUCUACACGACUUCAGCCCGGAGAAACGGCAGUGCUACUUCAAUGAUGAACGUUAUUUGCGCUACUUCCGCUCCUAUUCCCAAUCCAACUGUCAGGUGGAGUGUUUGACUAAUUACACCAUAAAUAAAUGUGGUUGCGCUAAAUUUUGGAUGCCAAAACCACCAGAGGUGCCCGUCUGUGGUGUGGAGGACAUCAAUUGCUAUGAUGCUGCUCAAUCGGAUUUGCGUAUAUUAAUCCAAAAUCAAACAAUGCAGGCCACCAUGGAUCCCAACAUGAAAAUCAUCUGUGAUUGCAUGCCGGCUUGUACUUCACUCGAUUACAAUGUGGAGAUUUCGAGUGCACGCUAUGAAUUGGCCAAAACUUUGCAGGCCUAUCGCGAAGUCUACGAGCAUACUGAUUUCAUGGGCUCACGCUUAUCGGUUUACUUCAAGGAACAUCAAUUUACGGCCAUCAAGCGCACUGUGCUCUUUAGUAUUGCCACGCUCAUUGCCAAUUGGGGCGGUAUUUUGGGUUUAUUCAUGGGCAUUUCCAGUUUGAGUAUCAUAGAGUUGGUUUACUUUUUCUCUGUGCGUUUGUUUGACAAUUUACGUAAGCGUCGUCAGACCAAGAAACGUCUUAUGAAACUGGAAGCGGGACAUGAGAAUUAGAUUGUCUAAGAGUAAGUUCAAAGAGUUCACUUAAGGAUUAUUUGCCAGUUUCUAAACUUUGUUUGGUGUGAUUAAAUAAAAAAAGUGAAAUCCAUUUUGCUGUCUUUCUCCUCGUACUUUUCAUUUACUCUAUUAACGGCGGGAAUGUAAGGGGGUAGGAAAUGAAAGUUUCAAGUGCGGUUCAUUUCGUUCAGAACAGGUUGUUUCAAUGCAGUUUGGGUAACCAGGGGAAUUGUUAGAGGGAGUAAUAUGGUGUAGUUCGCCA